GGGGUUGGGGCCUGCGGGGGUGGUGGGGCUGGAGGGGAAGGGGACACAGGGACAGAUGGGCCAGGAAAGCUGAGGUGAAGGUCACCGGUCCUCAGAGGGACCAGGGGCGUGAGCCAGCCUGGUGACCCUGGGCGGCAGUGCUGUGGAACAGAAGCGGUGGUUUUGAAAUUCCCCGAAAAGUGGAGGACUGCCCCUUCCCCCCUGUCCCACGCACGCUCCGCCCGCCACCACCCCUGUCCUCCCCCGGCUGGCGUCCACCUCUCCGGCUACCUGGGUGCACGCAGUUAAAUGGCUGAUAAGCAGAUCAGUCUGCCGGCCAAGCUCAUCAAUGGCGGCAUCGCCGGGCUGAUCGGGGUCACUUGCGUGUUCCCCAUCGACCUGGCCAAGACGAGGCUUCAGAACCAGCAGAAUGGCCAGCGCCUGUACACCAGCAUGUCUGACUGCCUCAUCAAGACCGUCCGUUCGGAGGGCUACUUCGGCAUGUACCGCGGAGCCGCUGUGAACCUGACCCUCGUCACCCCUGAGAAGGCCAUCAAGCUGGCUGCUAACGACUUCUUUCGAUAUCAGCUCUCCAAGGACGGGCAGAAGCUGACCCUGGUGAAGGAGAUGCUGGCGGGCUGUGGGGCUGGCACCUGCCAGGUGAUUGUGACCACCCCCAUGGAGAUGCUGAAGAUCCAGCUUCAGGACGCAGGCCGCAUUGCUGCCCAGAAGAAGAUGCUGGAUGCCCAGGCCCAGCUGUCGGCCCAAGGGGGCGCCCAGCCCUCCGUGGAGGCUCCGGCCACCCCCCGGCCCACGGCGACUCAGCUGACCCGGGACCUGCUUCGGACCCGGGGCAUCGCCGGCCUCUACAAGGGCCUGGGGGCCACACUGCUCAGGGACGUCCCCUUCUCCAUUGUGUACUUCCCCCUCUUUGCCAACCUGAACCAGCUGGGCUGUCCCGCAUCGGGGGAGAAGGCUCCUUUCUAUGUGUCCUUUCUGGCUGGCUGUGUGGCUGGGAGUGCGGCUGCUGUGGCCGUCAACCCCUGUGACGUGGUGAAGACCAGACUCCAGUCGCUGCAGCGUGGUGUCCACGAGGACACCUACACGGGCUUCCUGGACUGUGCCAGGAAGAUCCUGAGGCACGAGGGCCCCAUGGCCUUCCUAAAGGGCGCCUACUGCCGCGCCCUGGUCAUCGCCCCACUGUUCGGCAUCGCUCAAGUGGUCUACUUCUUGGGCAUCGCAGAGACGCUGCUGGAGCUGCUGCAGCGACCCCAGCACUGAGCAUGGCAGCCAGCCGCUCCGUCCCGCCGAGUGGGACCAGAGCGGGGCCGGAGCCAGGUGGCCUGCCCAGGACUGAGCAGGAGACAGUCUCUCCCCAGCCUUCUCACGUGGACGGGGGGAAGCAGAGGAAGAGGUCCACAUGGUGCACACAGCGGCCCCCGCGGGGUCCUGCCUGCACGACCACUGGGAGCAAUGUCUUAUUUAUGUAGAACAUGCAGAAAUCUUUACAUUCCUGGAGCCAGCCCCUGCCACAGCUCCGUCCCGGCCUGAAUACCCCCAGGGACAGAGCUGGUCUCUAGGCUGGGGCGCCCAGGCCUGGGCGGGGCAAGCGGGACCCUACCCUCCAGUCUACCAGCUCUUGUCCCCGAGGCUUGGCCCCUAGUCUGCGAAGGGGACCCCGCACAAACCUAUUUAUUAACUUGCCGAGCACAAGUGCUCUGUCCAUCCCUCUGUCCAUCCGUCCAGCCUCCCCCUGCUGCUGUCCUUCUCCACUUGGCCAGGACUCCAUUUUGCCCCCCUCAGCCAGCCUUGCAGGAGGGUUGGGGUCUCCUGCCCCCCAUAUUGAGCCAGGAGUCCCAGGCAGGGGUCACACUGAGUUCUGACUCCCAGGGCAAGCCCCCCCACUCCAUUGUGGGACCCAGCACCCCUCCUGG